AUGACCUCUGUCCUGCAUGCUCACGCUGCUUCGAGGGCCUCAUGUCGAUUGGUGAACGGACGCACCAGCACCGCGCCCGGCCAGUGCAAGGGGCCCAGGCGGCAUGGGCAGACCUCCUGGCGCCUGGAUGCCGUCAAGUAUCCUUUUGCGUCCCUCAUACAACAGCUGAAGGGCACCAAGGAGUCGCAGUCCGUGCAGGACGAGCACUACCCGGAAACCACAGGCAGGCCCCAGCCUGACUGCCCCAUCAUCAGCUGCUGCGGCGGCGGCAUCUUCUUCUUCUGGGAGCUGGGCGUCCUCCUCUACCUCCAGAAGCAAUUCGACCUGGGCGGUGUGCAGGUGCGCGGCGCCUCCGCUGGCGCCCUGCUUUCCACCCUGGUGGCCUGCGACGUGGACCUGGAGAAGGCGCUGGCCUCAGCCACGGUGCGCAUCCGGCGCGUGGAGGCCAUGGAGCGCAAGCUGGGCCUGGUGGGCCUGGCCGGGCAGCUCGUGGGUGACUGGCUGGCCGACCUGCUGCCGGAGGACGCCGCACAGCGCGCCCACCGCCGCGGCCUGCACAUCGUCGUGACCGAGGUCCCCUCUUUCCGCCUCACGACCGUCAAGCGCUUUGACUCCAAGCAGGACCUGGUGCAGGCCAAUCUGGCAUCCACCCACAUCCCCUUCUUCACGGACGGCGCCCCAUCCUAUGACUACAAGGGCCAGCCGUGCAUCGACGGCUCACUCUGGGACUUUGUGUUUGCCGACAACUCGGACUACCUGAAGGCGGAGGGUCGAGCGGUCCUGGUUGACUAUUUCAAGGAUGACCAGCUAUCAACCAACCGCCUUGACUUUAUCCGGCUGGCCAGCCCCGACGAGAUCCUGUCCCUGGUCGGGUUCGGUUACCGCUACGCCAGCCGAGCGGACGAGGCGGGCGAGUUCGAGCUGGCACUGGGCAGGCUGCGGCGUAGCCCCCUGUCCCGCCUGGUCAGCGGCGGCUUCCUGCCAGGCUUCCUGUUUGGGAGCGGGUGA